CCUUUGCUCCCGACCACCAUCACCAUCCUCUCUCCAAGCGGUUCGCUCUGGCAGCGUCGGCGCGCGUAUAUGCAGCGGCGCACAGGCAAAGGACACCCUCACAUAUCGCCCCCUGCACGCAUGGGCUCCGACGAGAAGGCCCCUUCCCGCCUCAACCAGAAAAGCCUCGGUGUCACGAAUCGAAUAUGGCUCAUCCUCGCGCUCUUCGUCUUCCUGAUUCUCUUCACUCGCUCCAUUCUGCCGGGCGAUAACCAGAAUGCACGACACCGACUGCUGAGCGGUGACCUACGCCCGAAGAACUAUCUGAAUGUCUCUGACACAGGAGAGUCGCCGUUCGCGUUCUGUCCUGCAUUCGGGCCUGGCGAUGGGAUCGCGUCGAAAUACGACGUGGUUGCGCUUUCGAAGACCAGGUUCCACCUCGGAAGCGGCGCACGGAUACAGCGCGUGGUCAACAAGGCACUCUCGGGUCUCCCAGUGACGAUUAGUGUAGUUGGCGGGUCUGUGUCUGCUUGCCAUGGCGCCGGGAAUGACCCACUGUCACCGCACUGCUACCCGUCAAGGUUCUUUAACUGGUGGAACACCGUAUUCCCUCACCCUGCCUCCGAGCUCACGAACGGCGCGAUGCGGCGCACCAACUCCGCCUACUUCGCUUUCUGCCAUGCCCACCACAUCCCCGACGUCGCGGACCUGGUCAUUGUCGAGUUGGACGUAGCGGAUGCAAACGAUCAGGUAGCCAUGAACGAAUUCGAGCUGCUAAUUCGCUCCAUCCUUGUUCGGCCUGACCAGCCAGCUGUGCUCAUCCUUGGGUACUUUAGCCCUCAGGUAGCACAGAGCAGUGGGUUCGGUAGCCCCGACCACUGGCACACGCUGGUUGCCCAGUUUUACGAUGUCCCUCAUGUCAGCGUGAAGCCACUGCUAUACCCGAAUUAUAUGUCAAACCCCUCGUCGGUCUACCAGUACUUUGUCGACCCGAUCCUUGCGAGCCCACCCGGCCACGAGGUCAUCGCCGACGUGCUCAUCUCCUAUUUCCAGUCGCAGAUCUGCGCCGCCUGGGGCGCGCUCACAGGCACGUCGCACGAGCUGCUCCCCGCGCUCGCCACGCCCAUCUUCGCGGACAACAACGCGAAACAGCCGACGGACGCGCGUGGGCUCUUCGGCGGCGUCGCGCAGCGCAAGGGUGCAGCGGGCGCGGUGCCGGAGGACGGUGAAGGCCGCGCCGCGGCGAACCCGAACCCUGUCAUGAACCGCCUCGCGGAGGUCGCGGUGAAGGCGCCCUCGCUCCAUGCCAACCUGCGCGUGCCGCCGAUGCGCAUUAACACCCGCCCCGCGGACCUCGUCGCGCACCCGUUCGUCGAGGUCGCGCCGUACUGCGUGUCCGCGAACGACCUGAUCAACCCGCUCCCCCAGGCGCUCUUCGCAGGAUCGGGCUGGGCGGCGUACCACCCUCGUGCCGGUUCGGCCGACCUCUCAUCGCACGCGCACUAUUUCUACUCGAGCCUGCCGACGAGUAAGUUGCGGGUGAGCAUCCAGACAAGCGCGGGCGAUGUCGGGGUGUACUACAUCAAGGAGCCGACGGACACAAUAGGCCUGGGCAGCGCGGUAGAGUGCUGGGUGGACGAUAAUUACGGCGGGGCGGUCGUGAUAGAGAACGCGGCGCAGGUCGGCGAGCCGACACCAGCAUUGGAGAUCAUCGACCAUUAUGUCGAGAAGGGACCGCACUUCGUGGAGUGCCAGCUCAUGGGCGAGGAAGACGAUCGCAGCAUUCCGCCAUUCAGGAUCAUCGGUAUAUUCGCUACAUAGUGGCUAUUCGGGGGUCGUGUUGGGGCUCGUGCGUACUUAUUGCUUGUGGGUCUAGGGUCUUGGAUGCACUUGUACAAAAGAUAGAACUAUCCGUAAUGAUACGAUGACACGCUCAUUUGACCGUC